UGCAGAAGAAUCAAGCCCUGUGAUGUCUACAUACCAGUUUAAAUUCCUCUGAUUAUAAUGUUAGUGAACUUGGAAACAAAUACAUGUCUCCUGCAUUUAACCUUUCCAAGGCAUCCAUCCUUGAAUUAAUUCAGAUGCAGAGUCUACCUUAGUACCAGGCGUCCCAGGCAGCUGCCAGGGAUGCCUGAAUCAAGGGGGUGCCAGGUCGAGAGUUGUCACACAGUCGUCAAAAUCAGGACAAGAGGUUAUGUUUGCUGCCUGUGAAUUGAAACUUUUUGAUGUUUUGGCGGAAUCUGAGGAGCCCCUGUCAACAGCAGCCAUAGCAGAGCGUUUAGGGACAAGCAUCAGAGGGACGAGGUGUUUGGUCAGUGCCUGCGUGGGAUUAAAACUUCUAGAUGUGAAUUUCAAAAACGGAGAAGUGUUUUACAAGAACACAAAACUCUCACAAAGUUACCUCACAACCGUCAGUUCUACAUCCGUUUGUGAUGCAUUUAAGUUUUAUUCUAAUGAAGCUUACCCAGCAGCCUCCCACCUGACAGAUGUCAUCAGGCAUGGAAAUCCGUUAUCCCAGAUUCAGUCUGGAGUUCCACCAAAUAUGUUCUUCAAAGAUAUAUACAGAUCAGAGGAAAAAAUGAUGACAUUUAUGAAAUUAAUGGAUUUAUCAUGGACGUCGCGUACCAAGCGAGCAGUAAUUUCUGCUUUUGAUCUUUCACCUUUCAAAACCAUUUGUGAUUUGGGAGGAUGCUCAGGAGAUCUGGCUAAGUACUGUGCAUCUUUGUUUCCAUCAUCUUCAAUCAUUGUUUAUGAUCUACCUGAGGUAAUCAAAACCACCAAGGAACAUUUUGUUUCACCAGGGGAUGAUCACAUUAUUCUCCAGCAAGGAAACUUCUUCUUUGACCCGCUUCCGAAUGCAGACCUCUUCAUUCUUUCUCGCAUACUUCAUGACUGGGAGGACGACACAUGUUUGAAACUACUCCACAAAGUUUAUAUGGCUUGCAAUCCAGGAGGUGCCGUGCUUAUAAUUGAAGCUAUCCUAAAUGAAGAUAAAACUGCAUAUCUGCCAUAUUAUAUGCAUAAUGUUGUAAUUCUACUGUUUACGGAAGGAAAAGAAAGAACCUUUUCUGAAUACAAAGGAUUGCUCGAAACUGUUGGAUUUAAAAAUAUUCAGCUUAGUAUCAAUGGAGACCUACUGGAGGGCAUCCUUGCCAGAAAGUAGAAGUUGUAAAUCUGCUUUUUUUUUGCUUAUGAUAACAAAUGCUAUAAUCUAUGCAAUAAUGUUGAUUAGUGCUUGCCAAGACAUUUUUAUUUACAUUGAACUAUGUUUUAUACAUAAUAAUUCCACCAGACUCCACUAUACAGAAAACAAAUGGACACGCCUGCCUCCCUGAGAAGUAACAGUUUCCAUUCCAGUUACGCCACAACCGUUAUAAUUUACAGCUAAAGCUGGCUGGUAAUGAGCAGGGAUGGAUCCAAAGCCUGACCUCUGGACACACACAUAUCUGUAUACACUCUAACAUAUACAUCCAAACACACUCGCUAACACACACACAGACACAUCAUCACACACAAACAUACUCAUACCCAAAUACAUAAUAAGCAAAAGUGAAACUCAGCAGCUGCAACUUGCCUGUGUUUUCACCUUGCACUGCCGCAAAGGCUCAUUUGGUGGCGUCUAAUGAUUGUACUGUGAACUCUGCUUUAUACUGUUACUUUUUGUAUCCUGCAAAUAGCCCCAUUGGUUUGUGCAAUAAAAUCUGGUAUAAACAUUA